CUAAGUUGUGAAAAUGAUGUUUGAACGGUCUUUUUACAUAAUGAAGAUUAAUAUUGCAUAACAUAAAUUUUCAAAUCAUUACGGAAGUCAUACGCUAGACGUCUAAUUUAACUGCUACUUGGCAAGUAACUAUUGUUCUUUAAUCUUACAUAACAGAGUCUAAAAUGACAUUUCACAAGUCUUAAGUAACUUGUGAUCAUUUCUACAUAACGAAUAAUAGCACCAUAUUACGUGUAAGUGUCAAAUCAUUAUGAAACCAUAACGCAAUUGAAAUUACUUAAUGAUCAACGUAGUGUUUGUAUUGCAUCCAUUUGAAUGGCUUAGAUUUAUUCGAAAAAAUUCAAGUAAUCUAAGUCAGACAAAAAGCAUCAAGUUACCGUAGGAGGUCCCAUACAGUUUGGGACAUUUACGUGUAGGGUUUUUUUUUUUUUUCCUCUCCCUAUUUUCCCGAAAAAGAAAUUUCCACAUAUAUAUGCUAUUGAACCAAGAUAUGCUGAGAAGGAAACUUUGACGCUAAAAUCCAUACCUAGAAUCUCCAAAUUGAAAAAUCUACACCAAGGCGGCCGUUGUUAGCCUAUUUUUUUCUGAAAACCUAUAAACAAGAUAAGCAGAGAGAACAAAGGCUUGUAUUUUGUUGAAAAAUGCGAAGUGGUGUUUGUACGUAUUUUGUAAUUGUAAAAUUGGUGGCGAGACAGACAGAUCCACAUGUUUAAAAGCUAGUCCUCUGACCUCACUCCAUCACAAAUACGAUCCUUCUCUUCUGUCUGCUGUGUACUCUCUCUAGUCUUACAUGGUAAUUAGUAAUUUCCCAUGUCAAUAGGAAUGGCAAUAGGUAGGUCGGGCGGGUUUUUUGGUACCCAGAUCCGUCCCGUGGCAGGUCAAGUACAGGUCGGGUAAUUUAUCAUGGGUCGCGGGUCGGGGCAGGUCGACCCAAUGGGUAUACAAUUUAUAUGAAAAACAUUAGAAAUAUUCGUUAUUUUUUAUUAUAAGAACAAGAAAACAAACAAUAUUAUGAUAAAUGUAGUUAAAUUAUUCGAGAAAUUGAGGUUUUCACUAAUUUACAGCUUUAUUAUACCUCAAAAAUGAUGUAAUAGAAGGAAAUUCUUAAGUAAUUUGACUAAAAUUACAUGUAAUUUAGGCAAGAACGAAUCAAGAAUGAGACGGGUCAGGGCCGAUCGGACCAAUAAGAGUACCCAUGCCCGCCCCAAAACAGGCCAAACAGAUCGGAUAAAAGAGUUGGGGUCGAAAUUGCCAUAUCCCUACGUGUCAACAUACUCUCUAUAUAAAAUUAUAAAUAAAUUGAAUUCACACCCACACGCCCAAACACGCACGUAACAUAAAAAAAAAUAGUAAUAAAUAUAUAUAUUGUGGUGGUGAGGUCAGUGUGUCCAAGAUAUAGCCAACACAAACAAUAAGCAGCAGCCAGCAGCAGCAGCUUCUCUCCUCUCCCAAUUGUCUCCUCUUUUCCACUCUUUAUUCUUCUUCUCUUGUUUCUCCUUGUUCUUCCUCCUCCCAUUAAACAAGACAAGAGAAGAGUUUUUUUUUCUAUCUGGGAAAUGAAGGGAACAGUGAGGUACUUGGCAGGGAUUGCAGGGCCAAGUGGGUUUGGCUCCAAAUCCACAGCCCAACAAGUCACUCAACAUUGUCUUCCUCCUUCACCAACCCCUUUAACUGCCAUCAUCACCGGGGCGACAUCAGGGAUAGGAGAGGAGACAGCAACGGUGCUGGCGAAGAGAGGGGUGAGAGUUGUGAUUGCAGCCAGAGACGUGAACAAAGCUUCCCACCUGAAACAGAGCAUCCUCCACCAGUCUCCUGAUGCACAGAUCCUGGUUCUGGAGCUUGACUUGAGCUCUUUCGCCUCCAUCGCCUCUUUCUCCCGCCAAUUCCUCUCCCUUGGCCUCCCACUCCACAUCCUCAUAAACAAUGCUGGGAUUUACUCACGGGGCUUGGAGUUAUCUGAGGACAAGAUCGAGAUGACAUUCGCUACCAAUUACUUGGGGCAUUUUUUGGUGACAGAGUUGCUGGUGGAGAAGAUGGAGGAAACCGCACGAGAGAGUGGGAUGCACGGCAGAAUCAUCAAUCUUUCCUCUGCCAUCCACAGCUGGGUGAAAACAGACUCCUCCUCCUUCUCCUUCCAAAACAUGCUCAACCCAACCAACAGCUAUAAUGGGACACGUGCGUAUGCUCAGACCAAGCUGGCUGCCAUUUUCCAUGCCAAGGAGCUCUCCAGACAGCUCAAGGCAAGGAAUGCAAAAGUGACGGUUAAUGCAGUACAUCCAGGCAUUAUCAAGACUGGCAUCAUUAGAGCCCACAAGGGUCUCAUCACAGAUUCAGUAUACUUCAUAGCCUCCAAGCUGCUGAAAUCUGUAUCACAGGGUGCAUCGACCACAUGCUAUGUGGCUCUGAGCCCUCAAGUGGAAGGGGUGGGAGGGAAGUACUUUGCAGACUGCAAUGAGAGCAACUGCUCAGAUUUGGGGAAUGAUGAAGGUGAAGCCCUCCAGCUCUGGGAACACACCCGUGCAUUCUUCCACAGAAGGCUUCUGCUUCAACCCACCACCACCUCCACGUAGUGACAAACACAGAAAUUUUUCAUAGGGGUGUCCUCUUUUAAAAAAUAAAUUAAAUAAAAAUAAAAACAAUUAAUAAAAAUAAAAUCGUAAAUAUGAAAAUACAUUACUCGUACAGGUUAAAAAAAGUCCAUGAUGUGUUUUCAUAUUCGAAAAUAAUUGUAGAAUACACUUGGUGUUUAUAGUGUUAAAAAAAAUUCUCCAUAUACCCUACUAGACAAUCAUUCAGGAACUUAUCGCAUAUUCGAUUUGUAACCUUGUUCUUGAUGUAACCCCUCCAGCUGUGGGAACAUACCCGUGCAUUCUUCCACAAAAGGCUGCUUCAACCCACCACCACCUCCACGUCCUUCAGCUCCACAAGAUAACAUGGCUUGCUCUGCUUCUGGGCUUCUGGGGAUUAUAUCUCUUGUAAAUUAUGGGAAAAGGGAUUGGGAUGUAUAUGUAUAAGGGGGCUAUUACAAGGAAUUAGUGAUUGUAUAAAAUGUCCAAAAAAUGCAAGUGAAGUGGUUGUAUAAUGGUUCAUCAAUCCUUCGAAGUUUGCGGCUAUUACCAUAAAUGGUUCUUGAUUCA